CGUCGUCGUCCAGCGGGGUGGUGGUGCAGGUCCGCGAGAAGAAGGGCCCCCUGCGCGCCGCCAUCCCCUACAUGCCCUUCCCGGUGGCGGUCAUUUGUCUCUUCCUGAACACUUUCGUGCCGGGACUAGGGACGUUCGUCUCGGCCUUCACCGUGCUCUGCGGGGCCCGCACUGACCUCCCGGACAGACACGUGUGCUGCGUCUUCUGGCUGAACAUCGCGGCGGCCCUCAUCCAGAUCCUCACGGCCAUCGUCAUGGUGGGCUGGAUCAUGAGCAUCUUCUGGGGCAUGGACAUGGUCAUCCUUGCCAUUUCCCAAGGCUACAAGGAGCAGGGCAUUCCACAGCAGCUGUGAGCCCGAGGGAGCCGCCGGGGAUGCCCAGGGAGUCCUGUGAGGGCUGCUCCAGGCAGCUUUGGGCACAAAGACCUUUACAUGUUCUCUUCUGCCGUUUCCUGGAUUUGGGGUGGAAAGGGGGUAUUUUAAAAAUAUUAUUUAUUUUGAAAAUGCAUCUGCUUUACUCUGCAGGCUCUGAGGGCUGCCAGCCCCUCCUCCUGCUCUGGAAAGCAGUGUAGGUGCAGGCACGCAGAGCUUCAGGGAGUGGGGUAGACAGGGGUGCUGACGGGGAGGCCGAUGCUCUGGCAGGCUCAUCCCUCCUGGCAGGGCCCGCUUCCCACUGCAAGAGCACAGUGGAGCUGCUGGGCUGGGCUGCAAUGGGCCCUGGCUGGGUGAGCAGGGCUCACCAAGGGCGACUGUGGUGACAUCUCCUCUGUGUUCCCUCCCCUUGCCUCAAAAAUCUGGUGCCCUGAGUGUUUAAUCUCUGAUCCUUUGGGGGGGGCUGCACCAGCAUGAGGGUGAGACCCCGGCCCAGUGCGGGAAAGCCCAAGGUAUCUACGGCCAGCCCGAGGCCAAGGAGAGGGAAGCCCAUCUCUUGGGCUACCCUCCCUGACCGCGCCCCUGCCUCCUGGCCAUCAAAAUCUAAGGGCUGAGUAUGUUUUGACCUUCAUUUCCCUGAGAAGGAAGGCAGCGGGGUGGAACUGUUGGAGCGGUCAGAUGUUCACACACGAACGACCAGACCGAGGUGUGCAUGGGCACGGGCUGGCAGCCUUCGCAUCGCGCUUAGCACCACUUCCGGCCACACUCCUUCUUCUGAAAUCCUGGGGGCCAAGUGUGUCUCUGCAUUCUGAAAUUAAGGAUUGGAGAAAGGUGACAUGAUCCAUUGACCAUGUAUUUCCGACCACUCUGGCGGUCUGGAACAUCCCUGCCACCAUCAAGCAUGUGAAUAUAUCUGCAGAUAAACGUGGGAAUCGUCAGGUUCAUUGUAAAUAACCUCCCUUCAGUUCAGGGCAGGCUUUACCACCAAAUAAGUUAUAAGGAAGAACUUAGCAUUUGAGAGUUUUAGGGUUUCAGAAUUGCGAAGCAAUUGGAUGGGACUGUGACUCUCAAUGUGAAAUCUCGCUUGCGAACGGAUGCAGUAGAGAGUGAAACUGUUCACGCAGCCCAGGGUUGCCUCCAGUUGCAAAGGGACCACUGAGCCCCUUAGGGAGCUCCUAUGUAAGUGACUGUUAUACAGUGAGAGCCCUAACGGAAGGAGAAGCCAAAAGAAGUUGUCCAAGCUCUUGCGGAUCGGGCAUCCAUCUGAAAUUAGAGAAAGGAGACUGAGCAUUGUAAUAUGAGAUGGUCAUUUACAUGCAUUUUCUUUUUCAUUCUUUUUUUAUUCUAAUAGAGCUGACAGGUGGGACUGGCCCAAAGUCAAGUUUCUGACCCUCGUGGCAUUGUGCCAUGAAGCAUGUCCUUCUUCCAGGGGCUCUUCUUUCUUGUCUCUCAGAGACUGGCAGGACUCAGCCAGGACUAGAGAGGGGACCUGCCUGGCCACCUUCUGCAGAGCUGGGUGGGAGCAUUGGGGAAGCCACGCCCACCCACACCAAGUCCUGCCUUUCUAGUUACUGGCCUGCAGAGGAAGCAGGUCUCAGGCUGCCUGCAGACCUUGCGCGCUGUCUGCCCUUGGUUUGCUGAGUGUCUCGUCCCUCUUCAUCGCCGCCUGGCUGGGCUGUGCUCUUUGAACUCCCUAGCUGUGUCUUCAUCUCUUCCUGCCCUUCCUUCUCCCCCACCCCAGCCCAGCCCUUUGCUGCUGCUUUCCUACUUGAAAGCCUCUCUGUCUCAAAGGCGUGGGCUCAGAUUUAGUUUUAUCCGAAAAGUCAGAACCUUUCAUCGUGUGAAGACAACAUCUUCCAGGCUGGCAGCUCGCUGCUCUCGAGGAAGCUGCGUCAGAGCGCGGAGCCUCCCGGGAUCCGAUGAAGCAGCU